AUGGUUGUCCAGCAGGGGAAGCAGUUGUGUUGCUACAAUUGCCAUGAGUGCCCCAAAGGGGGGAUUUCAACCCAGAUGGAUGCAGACCAGUGUGAGUUUUGUCCAGAAGACCAGUAUCCAAACAAGAAACAGGACCAGUGUAUGCCCAAAAUAAUAAGCUACCUCUCUUAUGAGGAGCCCUUGGGAGUAGUUCUGACAUCCUUAGUUCUUUCCUUCUGUGUGAUCACACUUGUUGUGAUGAGGAGCUUCAGCCUGCACUGGGACACCCCCAUCGUCAAGGCCAACAACUGGAGCAUCACGUGCAUCCUGCUUUCGUCCUUGUUGCUCUGCUUCCUCUGCUCCUUCUUGUUCACUGGGAGACCUGGGAAGUUGACUUGCCUUGUCAGGCAAACCAUGUUUGGCAUCAUCUUCUCCAUCGCUGUUGCUUCUGUGUUAGCAAAGACCAUCACAGUCGUGCUGGCCUUCAUGGCCACUAAGCCUGGAAACAGCAUGAGGAAAUGGGUGGGGAAGGGAUUGGCAGUAUCAGUGAUAUGUUUAUGUUCUCUCAUUCAAAGUGUCAUCUGUGUUGUGUGGCUGGUAACUUCUCCACCCUUCCUGGAGCCUGACAUGCACUCUGAAAUUGGUGCAAUCAUAAUUCAAUGCAACGAAGGCUCACCUCUCAUGUUCUACCUUGUCCUGAGCUACAUGGGUUUUCUGGCCCUCAUCAGCUUCACAGUGGCUUUCUUUGCCAGGAAGUUGCCUGAUACCUUCAAUGAAGCUAAGCUCAUCACCUUCAGCAUGUUGGUCUUCUGCAGUGUGUGGGUGUCCUUUGUACCCACCUACCUGAGCACCAAGGGGAAAUACAUGGUGGCCGUGGAGAUCUUCUCCAUAUUGGCCUCAGCUGCUGGCUUACUGGGUUUCAUCUUCCUUCCCAAGUUGUACAUUAUCUUGCUGAGGCCUGAUCUGAACACCAGAGAGCAGUUAUCUAGGAAGAAGAGUGAUUUCUGUUGA